AUGACGUUUAUUAGCCGCACGUUAAAGCCUAACGAGCUUAACUACGGAACGGUGGAGAAGGAGGUGCUGGCGUUGCUUCGUGUUUUGGAUGUGUGCUGUACCACACUAGCCUCAAGAGAGAUCACUGUGUUGACUCGGCACUCCAAGUUAGCGUGGUUGAUGCAAUCUCGAGGGCUCAACAGGAGAUUAGAACGGUGGGCUGCUUUGCUGUCGGACGGGACUAUGGAGGUGAAGAAGUGCGAAAGAGGAGAGGAAGAGAUCUUGGGUAUGCUAGAGGCGAGUAUUACCCCGAGAGAAGAUAUGGAAGAGAUGCUGAUUGCAAUCUCCCCGCGCAAGGACUGCCGACUCAAGAUAUCAACGCCACCACCAACGGUGGAAGUAGAUGAGAAGUUGCUGGUAGCCAGUUUCGAUGGAUCGGCGAGGAUAAAGAAGAAAGGAGGUUCGUUCAGUGCCGUGAUAUGGAGGCUUCCUGAGUGGACAAUAGUGGCAGCGGAAUCCAGAUAUGCUCUCGACCUGACCGUGAACGAAGCUGAGUAUAAUGGCUUUCUUUUACGCUUCGAGUUACUCGCCGAUCUGGACAGGGGGCGAGUAAUUUUUUGUGGAGACUCCAAUUUGGUGAUCCGACAGAUGCGCGGUUAG